CGCGGGAACGAGCAGUUUCUCAUCCGUGUGCGAAGCUUGUUGUCUGCGCUGGAGGAAUCGAUGCUUUGCAGUUGGCCAAGAUGCUGAGCAGGAGGAAGGACAAGGGAGCGGAGGCUUCCCUGUGAUUGGCAGUCCAGGUCUCAGUGGGGUCUUCUCAGUCAAGCCGGGACAAGCCAGCUCUUCGUGAGAGGGAGCCUCGUGGUUCAAAAUCUUGACAGGUGCUGCAACACAGUCAAUGUAAUUUGAAGGAGGCAAGGAGGAGGAACCCAUGGCUUUAGCUGGCUGCCCAGAUUCCUUUUUGCACCAUCCGUACUACCAGGAUAAAGUCGAGCAGACUUCUCACAGUCAGAGAGAUCUGGCAGAACCUGGGUUUCCAGCACAGACUCACCAGCUUGCAAGUCACCAAGAGGAUGACGUGGAUUUGGAAGCGCUGGUGAACGACAUGAACUCAUCCUUCGAGAGUCUGUACUCGACCUGCAGCAUGCAGUCGGAGACGGUGCCCCUCCUUCAGAAUGGCCAGCAUGCCCGCAACCCGCUGCUCACCUUGGGGACACGGGCUCUUCAGCCACAAGCAUCCCCUCGGCAGAAGGUGCAGCGCUCACAGCCUGUGCACAUCUUGGCUGUCAGACGCCUUCAGGAAGAAGACCAGCAGUUCCGGACCUCGUCUCUGCCAGCAAUCCCCAACCCCUUUCCUGAGCUCUGCACCGCUGGGAGCUCCCCGGUCCUCUCCCCAGGCUCCUUGCCCCCCAGCCAGUGCACCACGAAGCAGGAUGUUAAAGUCUUUAGUGAAGAUGGGACGUGCAAAGUGGUGGAAAUUCUAGCAGACAUGACAGCCAGGGACCUGUGCCAAUUGCUGGUUUACAAAAGUCAUUGUGUGGAUGACAGCAGCUGGACGCUAGUGGAGCACCACCCGCACCUAGGAUUAGAGAGGUGCCUGGAAGAUCACGAGCUGGUGGUCCAGGUGGAGCGCACCAUGGCCAGCGAGAGUAAAUUUCUGUUCAGGAAGAACUAUGCAAAAUACGAGUUUUUUAAAAAUCCCAUGAAUUUCUUCCCAGAACAGAUGGUUACUUGGUGUCAGCAGUCGAAUGGCAGUAUUCCCCAAACCCAGCUUUUACAGAAUUUUUUAAACUCCAGCAGUUGCCCUGAAAUUCAGGGGUUUUUACAUGUGAAAGAGCUGGGGCGGAAGUCUUGGAAGAAGCUCUACGUGUGCUUGCGCAGAUCCGGACUCUACUGCUCCACAAAAGGGACCUCGAAGGAACCCAGACACUUGCAGUUAUUGGCUGACCUGGAAGACAGCAACAUCUUUUCCCUGAUUGCUGGCAGAAAGCAAUACAGCGCUCCCACGGACCACGAUUUCUGUAUAAAGCCAAACAAAGUAAGGAGCGAAACUAAAGAGCUGAGGUUGCUCUGUGCAGAAGACGAGCAAAGCAAAACCUGCUGGAUGACGGCGUUCAGACUCCUCAAGUACGGAAGGCUUCUGUACCAGAAUUACAGGAUCCCUCAGCAGAGGAAAGCUUUGCUCUCUCCCUUCUCAACUCCAGUGCGCAGCGUCUCCGAGAACUCCCUGGUGGCCAUGGAUUUUUCUGGGCAAACAGGAAGAGUGAUCGAGAAUCCAGUUGAGGCCCAGAGUGCAGCUCUGGAAGAGGGCCAUGCCUGGAGGAAGCGAAGCACACGGAUGAAUAUCCUAGGUAGCCAAAGCCCCCUCCACCCUUCUACCCUAAGUACAGUGAUCCACAGGACACAACAUUGGUUUCACGGCAGGAUCUCUAGGGAGGAGUCACACCGGAUUAUUAAACAGCAAGGACUUGUGGAUGGGCUUUUUCUCCUCCGUGACAGCCAGAGCAAUCCAAAGGCAUUUGUACUCACACUGUGUCAUCACCAGAAAAUUAAAAAUUUCCAGAUCUUACCUUGUGAGGAUGAUGGACAGAUGUUCUUCAGCCUUGACGAUGGGAAUACCAAAUUCUCGGACCUGAUUCAGCUUGUGGACUUUUACCAGCUCAACAAAGGAGUUCUGCCUUGCAAACUCAAGCACCACUGCAUCCGAGUGGCCUUAUGACCUCAGACCUACUCUCGGCUGAAGACUGGAGGAAGUUACACUGGAAUGAAGGAGAGGGCUGUAGACUGGUGAAGAGCACACGUCUGUUCUGCACCUUGGUAUUCAGAGAGAGAUGGGUUUGUUCGGUGCCAUCCAACCAAGAUUGACGAGUUUGUUGGAUUUAGCAAUGAUUCGCUGCUGAGAAGCCAGCAGGGUCACGUCCCUCUGCAUUUGCCAAAUCAAGGAGGGUGUGAGAAAUCAAGUGCUAAUUUGAGAAUAAACUGGAAUGAUCAUCUUGGCUGGGCCACUUAGGAACAAGAACCGAAGAGAAAUAAUUGGAAAUGGACUCUUGCCCUGGAAUAAUCUUGACAAUUAAAACUGAUAUGUUUACUUUUUGUAUUGAUCACUUUUUUUUGCACUCCUUCUUUGUUUUUAAUAUUGUAUUCAGCCUGUGUUAGGAGGGGAUGUGGCUUUUAGUUAAUAAAAGCAUCAAACCGUCUCAAGUGGGCAGAAUUCAAAGACUGAAUAUUGGUCUCAAAAUGUCUCCAGAGGGUGCUCCCCCUCUUUGCAGAUUACCACAGUGUUGAAUUCAGUUCCCAAAUUACAAACCACCCCACCUCUUCCCAGGAUACUUGAAAACUUUUUUUCAGUUCAAGGUAUUGACUGUGGUGAACAUUUAGUAUGAUCUGUAGACCCAGUCAAUCAGCCACAGUCUGUUAGCCAUUUCUCUAUGCACAAAUGUUUAAUACUUUGUCAUUAACGUGUCUUCUCCUCCACAGUUCAGAUGUUAUUUCUGUGAAAAAGUCACUGUUGUGCAGCACAGCAGGGUCGAACAACCUCACCUCCAGUUUGAUACUUGCCCAGCCUUGCUGAGACACCUCCAGCCCCCACGUCCAUCGCCAGAGGUGCCACGGAAUUCACCAGAGGGGGUACUUUUAGCCUCGAAUUUUUCACAGCCUCAGCCUGUUCUAGAAUGAUCACUGCCUUAUUCCCGCUGGCUGCUGAGGUGUGAGUCAUUCUUUGGCUGACCUCCCUCUGGGUAUUAGAAGACGUAGAGAAAAUGGCACCCGGCUGGCUUCCGGCAGUGCCCUGUGGGUUUCCAUGGUGAUGAAGACAGAGAAACAUUACAAAGGGCACAGACACAGCCUGACAUUUAAAGGUUUUUUGCUAAUGCCGGUCCUGCUGAACCCCUCCCCCCACUUCCCCCCCAACUAAGCCAGGCAAAUGAAAGGCAGCUAGAGGCUCCUCCUCUGCUGGCUUAGGCUCACAAGUACCUCACAAUGAUUGUGGACAUGGACACAGUCUAUUAACACAACACUUGCUUCCCCCUCAGGGAAGAAGCAUCCAGGGGGCGGGAGUGGUUCACCCUGUCCCCUCCACCCAUGGGCGCCACCUUGACCAUUUUCCUUUAGUUAAGUUUUCAGGUAUGAGAGUGUCCAUUUCUUUACCUUUGAUCUUUGCAAAGCAGAAAGGACUGCCAUGACCAGCAUGCAGACUACUGUGGUGAGCAAGAUGAUUUUCUUUCCUGAUAUAACAGUUAUAACACUUGACUGGCUCCUCCGAAUAGCCUCUCGCUACUGGAUUGCCUGAAAUCCACCUCACUGAAGUGCUCCCAAAGGAACAACAGUUCACUGUUCUCCAGUUGACACACCUAGUUUAGGGCAGACAUUUAACCAGCUUCAGUAGCACAUUAAGUCUAUGGUUUAGAGACACUGUAUUUUAGGUUACAGAUCGCACAUUGUUAUUUUCCAUGAGAUGCCUACUUAGAAAAAUGAAGAUUUUUUUUUCUUUCAGUAAAACGUAUUUUUCACCAGAAAUACUAAAUUACAUUCUCUUCCUUUUAUAAACUUUCAAGCAACUGACAAUUAGGUAAUACUCAAGUUCAGACCAGAUGUCUGUCUGCUGAACUUCACUUUAGGGAUGGAUACUUCAGUUAUACCUUUGUAUCAUUUUUCUCCUCAGUGGUUUAAGGUAAUUUCAUACACACACUUUCUUUUUUAACCCCUAGGAUUUCUUUUUUACGUUUACAUAGACAAGUACCAUUAGCGUAUAAUCCCUCUCUCACACCCUUUUUCCAUAGACAGUUAAGAUUUACAGUAUUUCAUAUUUAUAAAUAAGCAUUCUAUUUAAAAGGAGAUUUACAAUUUUGUAUGUCGAUGGUCUGGCAUAGUCUUUUGUACUUUCCCAGCCGGAGUGAAUUGAAGGCAAACGCCCUAGCACCGCAGCAGACGUCCUGCAGCCCCUGGCUCACCGGCCUUUGUGCUGGGUGGCUGGGCAUUCCAUCUGAAAACAACAAAAUCCCUAGAAUCUGCUGGCGUCCCAUCCAGCGAUCCAAGGACUGAAGGACAUUUGACUUUUAUUUUUAUAUUUAAAUGACAUGAAUGUAAAGGGGACAAGCUCAGGGUUGUUUUGGAGCCUGUUGAAUUUUUAUCUAUGCCUGUGAUUUUCAUUUCUAAACCAAUACUUCAUGUAGCAACCUGGUCUGAGUGGAGAAGGAAAAUACCAAAUGCUUUUGGUAUUAGAGCUGAAUAGCUAAACUCUAUUGCAUCAGAUGUUAGGGUUGCAGAAAGUUCUUGGGGGUUUUUUUUGUGUCUGUUGAACCUUGAAGAAAUAAUGUGCCUCAGUCUAGAUGUUUUGUCUUCUCUUUUCUGCACUUAAUACCUGACAGUGUGACCAAUCCGCUCACCUUCCCGGGGGUGAGGUGUGCUUGUUGUGGGUUGUGUAGUCACAGUGCACGCUAUAGAGACUUAAAUGGCCUGACAUUGAAAUGUUUUCAGGGAAUGCAAAAGGUAUUAACUGAAGAGACAAAACCUUUAUUUCAUGUGCUUUGCUUCAUUCUGUACAUAGCUUUUUGGCUCGUGAACCUAAUUGUAAACUUUCAGGUAAUUUUUGUACAAAUAAGGGACUGAUGUUCUGUUUCUUGUAAUUAGAAAUAAACAUGAAUACAGUGUUCUUCAUUUUUUA